AUGGCUCACCUCAAUGCUAUUCCGGAGCCGCGCGUCUUCAACACCGCAAACAACCCCAAGGAACCUCCUCUUUCUCUCAAGAGUGUGUAUUCUUCUGGGCUGCUUCACAAGCCCUCGAAGACCACUUUCCAUCCUAUCCUCUCCAAGACUGUCAAGCUUGCAGAGCGACUUGGUGUCUCUGGGACCGCUGAAACUCUUCGUGGCCUAGAUAGUGCUAUCAAUCGUCCUGAGGCAUCCAUCCGUGAAGUUACUCUGGAUGUAGAUCGAGGAUACGUGCGCCAACAAGCGCCGCCACACUAUGCCUACCCUCCUUCAACAUUUCGAGACAACCACUUCAUCGAAGAAGAGUUCAUCGAGGGCUACAUGCCCGAUGGAACAUCCUUUGGCGAGGAGAUGGACUUGGACGACGAGAUCGUGCAGUCUGCAGGCUUUCAGUCCCGCAAGGGCAAAGGCAAAGCUGGUCACUCCUCUAUUAUUGCAUGGGGUACCAUCUUGCUCUCUAUGCAGGACUUUCAAGGUCGUUCUACGACCGUCUGCAUUGGUCCGGUUGGACAUGUUCCAGGACUCGCAGAUCGUCUACUAGCUCUCGGUCAAUUCCUGCACCAAGGUAUGACUGUUGAGGGUAAUGCCAUUCAGAUACGGCUUAUACACGAUGGGAAGAUCUACUUGCGUUUCGACGCAAAUCCUACCAGAUCGAAUUACUACAUUCUUCCCGCCUUGUCUGCUCAUGCUAAGAGCAUUCAAUACGAGCUGGUCCAUGCAUUGGACUAUGAAAUCAUGCACCGCCGUAUGGGACACACUUUGCGUGAUAUUCUACGUCAAAUGCGCAAGAACACUGUUGGCUUCCCUGAGGACAUAAACAUCCCAGAUGAGAACCCAGUGUGCAGUGGAUGCGUGGAGGGUAAAACACCUGCGCGAGAAUUUCCUGCCCGCGAAGAACGCGCUGACAACACGUUCGACCUCAUUCAUUCUGAUUUAAAAGAGUUCUCAAUCCUGUCGUACACCAAAUUCAGGUACACCGUAGUAUUCAUUGACGAUCAUACGUCCUACGCAUGGGUUACACUUCUGAAGAAGAAGUCAGACGUGCUUAACACUGCCAAAGACUUCCUUACCAUGGUCAGGAGUAAAUUCAAGACCAAAUUGCAAAGCUGGCGCUCUGAUCAAGGAGGCAAACUGAUUGGGAACCUCAAUCUUGCAGCAAACAAGUUCUUGCAGAUGCUCUGCAAUAAGGGCAUUGAGGUGAUCGCUGGUGCUCGGCACACUCACCAACAGAACGGUCGCGCAGAGCGGUUUAUCCGCACUAUGUCGGAAAAGGGGGAGGCUCUGCGAUUUCAAGCUAGUUGCCCUCAUUUUUGGUGGGAAUUCUCUAACCAGCACGCCGUCCAUCUUUACAAUAGGAUGCCUGUACGCUGCCUUAAAUGGUUGACGCCGUAUGAGAUGCUCUUUGGUGAGGCUCCGCGCAUAGAUAAGCUGCAGGUCUUUGGCUGUGGUGCAUACAUAUACAUUCCUAAAGAAAUACGCAAAAAUACCCAGUCACUAAAAGCAGAAUUGAUGAUCUACAUAGGUGUCACUCCCGGCAACCUUAACAAUUGGUUGUUUAUGCGUCUCCCCAAUCACAUACUUUUCACAUCUACUCAGGCAAUCUUUGACGAGAAGCUGUUUCCUCAUGAUAAGGAACAGAUGGCGUGGCACCCUUUACCAGCCUCAUUGCCAGUCCCAAAGUAG